UAAAUGUGCUGCCAUCUGUCAAAUAAUCCCAGAUUCGUAAAUGAUAAGGGAAAUUUCGAAUGUAAAUAAGUUAUUUAAAUAGAGUGGUGAAAACGGAAGUAAUUUUUUUAUUUCAAAGAGAAUGAGAGCUGUAUAAGUGAUUAUUUGACUACAUAGUAGCCGAAUGUGAACAAGAAUAAGUAUAAAUAAAUAAAAUGGAAAUUUGGGUGGGGUGUUCUGGUUGCACUUUGCCAGCACAUUUGGCAAGUGCACAAUAUGUGAUGUAUAGACAGACGACAUGUAAUUUUAGCAUUAAAUGCAAUGCAGUGGGAGUGGCAGUCUUUGCUCAUCUUAUGUUAAUGUGACAAGUCCCAUGUUCAUUCAUAAUGCAUAUAUCCCCAUCAAAUAUUUUUCCAAAAUCCAUUUUCAUCAUUUUGUGUAACUUGGAAUGAUUUAACAAGCUGGAGUAUGAAAAAUAAUUAUUCACACCAGGUUAAUUUGUUUAAAUAUCUUUACAAAGACUUUUAAACAUUAUAUUGAAGCACUAUGUCGAGAGAAGAAUUUUAUCACCAGGAAGAAUAUCAGCAACUCCUACAGUCACUGAAGGGGACAGUUGAAGGGCUUCUAAUAAGUCAGGUCUCAAAUGUAUGGAAUAUAUAUGGUGGCUUAAUUCGAUUGCAUAAUGCAAUGGAGAAGAUAUUUAAACAUGGAUGUAGAGUUUUCAAUCAUGAUGGAGAUCCUGAUAGCUGGAUUUUCAUUCAAGGACUUAGUUGGCUGCAACCCACUUUAGCAGUGUCACCAACAUUUCUUGCAGAAAUGGAAGAGAGUAUUCCCCAUCUACCACAGCAUGCAAGUGGAAAAGCCUGGAUGUGGUUAUACAAAAGUUUAGAAGAACAUUCACUAUCUCAAAAACUGGCCUGGCUCCUGUCUGACCAAGAGCAUCUUCUCUCAUGUUUUGAGAAGUAUGCAUACUUAUGCCAGCAGAAAUAUGGAGAAGCAACACUCAUUUGUUUGAGGGCAGUGGAGCAAAAUCAGCCAUCUUUACUCACAGAAAUAGAUCCCUGUUUGUAUCUUAAUACAUGGAAUUUCAAACCAUUUAACAAAACUCAUAGAAGAUGUUCAUCAUUUCCUGAAACACAGUAUAGUGUUUGGUGUACUGGAAGAAAUAAGAACACUCAUUUCAGGCUUUUGAAGCAGGCUUCAGAAGGAUCGGAGCAGAAAGUAGAGACUGAUGCAUCUUCAUCAAGUGCAGUGCUGGCAAAUGAGAACUCUAUAAUAUUAGUUGGAGAACAUGAUGCAACGGUUCAGGAAGACAGCUAUGUUCAAGAUGAGAUUUUGUGUGAUGAGAAUGCAAGGUGGAGAAAAUCUGUGACUGAUGGUAUUUCAAAAAAUAAAACAUGUAGGAAUUUACAAGAAGGAAGUGCUGAUGUAAUAAUAAAAGAGGCUGGUGAGUUCAAGCCUUGGUCAAGUUUACCAAAUCUUACUGAUUCAGAUUCAGCAAAUAGCUCUCGAGCAAGAGGUGCAACUACAGAUGUACAGGAAUUGCCUCGAACUUCUAGCAGUGCACCAGGGAGUUUUUCACAGUUGAGAACAGGUAGUCAAACUCUCCCUUCUUCCCCAGCUAAAUUUGUUCUCCAUUCAUCUGAAAAUUUUAGUUGCAAAUAUUUCCUGCCAGAGUCUUUGAAAUCCAAGAGCAUCAAAACUCAGUCUGCAAAUCAAAAUCCACCAGCUUCAGAAUCUUUUGAUUUGUCUCCUAGUGUUCUACAGGUAGACUACUCAUCAGAUCUUCAUUCAGAGGCACCACCUAUUGCAACUGAACAAAGUAUACGUGUCAUGCAAAGCUAUAACAGGGAUUGGAGACCUGUACCACUCAGGAGUUUUUCAAAAAGUACCUUUAUUAAAAAGCAACCCAGGUCAAAAGAUGAUUAUGGAGCAAAACUGACUAGAAAAUGUAGCACAUCAAGUGGUACCAAUGCCGAAAAUAGUGGUAGCUCAGACACUCUUAAUCCAGAAACAAAUAACUCAAGUGAUGAAAGUCAGCCUUCUGUUUUGAGGGUUGUGCCUGAACUUAUUAUGCCAUGUGUACGUCCUUCGGAUCUAAAGCUUUCAGUUCGAUCCUGGGAUGAAACUGAUGGUUCAUGUACUGAGACACAAGCUUCUUCAUCUGUUGUAAUUACCAGAGGGAAACAAGAUGCAGUGACAAGAAGGAGAAAGACAGUCAUUGUUGGGUCUGCACCUGAAUGUGCUGGUCAGUGGCUGAGUGAUGAGACAGUGAAUCACAGAGGUGGGCAUUUGAAACUGCAGCGGAAAAGUUUUAUUGAAAGUGGAGGAGGAGAUAUUCUCCCUAUGGCAACAGGUUUCUUUCCUCGACCAACAGAGGGACAGAGUCUCACAAGCUUCCUAUCAUCAGGGCAGUUCUCACGGCCUUCAGCUGAGUUGGACCGGGAAAAUGCCCACUUCAGUAUUUGUGAAGCUAUGAUUACUGCUAUUGAACAGGUGAAAUGUAAUCGCCAACUCCGUAUUGUGGAGGACACGGGAGAAGUUGGUGAUGAGAGCGAUGAAGAAAUAAACCACUUGAAGCAACGUAUCCGAAUGCGCCGGCGCCAGCGUCAGGAGGAGAAAAGGCGCCAUCUUAUACCCAUAUCGCUGCUUAGUGAUGGUAGGACAGACACUACGACAACAGACCAAAGUGUGAGCCCCUUAUCAUCUUCCCCUGGUACACCAUCCGAGAGCAUUUCCACUGAUGAUGUUGAUGAUUUAGAAGUGGAUGAGGUUAAGAAUUUGGCUCAGCUUAAGAAUGCAGGAUUGUCAGUUUCUAUGGCAUCUCUGUAUUCUGAGGCUGACUUAUCAAAGCAUCCACUUCCACGGACAGGGACAGAUGUUGCCAUCACAGAGACGGUUGUGUCUGCAGAAGGUGUGGCCCUCUCACUGCUCCGACAGUUUAGUGAGAAAAAUCUGCCUCGGGCUUCAGACCUACAGUGGCUUGUUUCAGAGCAAGAUGCACCUCAGCAGCUGUUACCAUUGCCAAUGAGUUGGCCAGUAAGUCCAGAUGAAGCUGAAGAUUUAGAUAUGCAACAAGCAACACCUUUACGGGGUACCAUUGAGUGGGCUCCACCCCGCCCACAGGUCAUCUUCACACCUCACCCUCCCCCAGUCCGCAGAGUUCUGAUGGUGAAGCAGAAUUAUAGGUGUGCAGGCUGUGGAAUGAAGGUGGCUCAAGAAUAUGCCAACAGAUUUCGUUAUUGUGAGUAUCUUGGCCGAUAUUUCUGUACUGGCUGCCAUACAAACCAGCUUGCAGUCAUCCCAGGGAAGGUACUCACCAAGUGGGACUUCACACGGUACCCUGUAUCAAGUUUCUCAUACCGGUUACUAGAUCAGAUGUUGGGUGAUCCAUUAUUUGCUAUUGGAGAUGUGAGUCCUGGUCUGUACCGUAAAGCCAGGCAGCUUGAACGCACCCGGCAACUUCGUAUGCAGCUUUAUUACUUAAAAGACUUUGUGCUGACUUGCAGAUUUGCUGAACAUUUGCAGGAAGCUCUUCAUAAGGAAUCAGCAUAUUUGUUGACAGAGCUUGACAUCUACUCAAUGCAGGAUCUAGUUGAGGUGAAGAGUGGAGAGAUGGCAACAAGACUGAGGAAGCUAGUUAGUAACAGUUCCCAGCAUGUAGCAGACUGUCUGUUGUGUCAGGCUCGAGGGUUUGUUUGUGAACUAUGUGCUUCUCAGGAAGUGAUCUUUCCAUGGCAGCUCAAUAAAGUUGCUCGAUGCUCCAGCUGUGGUGCCUGUUUCCACACUGCAUGUUGGACUCCCUCUCCUUGCCCACGAUGCACUCGCCUAAGUGCUCGGAGGCAGAGCCGUGUAUCAGAGAUUGAUGCAGAUAUACAGGCUGUUUGACACUGGCUUUUAUUUCACCAUGUGGUAUUGCUCACAAGUGGCACCGCACCAGUUGCAGAUAAAAUUUUCAUUCAGUUUGUGGAAUUACUUUUGAUUGCACAUCUGAUGGUGGAAACUGAAUUUUGAGGCUGGUCGUAAUUUAUAUUGGUUCGUUGUCAGUUUAUCAUUGACUUUGUCCCAUAGAAUUUGCCUCCCUGUGGUAAAUGUGAUUGAUGCAGUUUUAGGUGGUAGGAGUAGCUGCAGUCUUUAGUCAUCAAUCAGGAAGGAUUAAAUAAUUAAGAUUUGAGGUUUUCACGGUGCAACAACCCAGUAGACGGCCAUCUUCAUGAAGGAUUCCUUUGCCAGAUCAUAUGCCAGUCCCAGUGCUAUGAAUAUGAUAUUUUUGUCACUGUCUUGAUGUAUGUUGCUUUUGUGGUUUCUAUGACAGCAAGAUUUUUUGAGUUAAAAGUACCCAUAUUAACAUCAGUCCUUGGGUUAAAAUUGGUAAAAUUUUUACUGCGAAGAGUCUAGGGCCAAUGACUUGAUAUAUCUAUGUUCUGUGUAACUUUUGUUGCUGUCUAUAACUUUUUUUAUGUGUUUUGUAAAUGAUGUCCCUGUAGUCUGUAGAGUUAUUCUGGGGUAUUUGAACAAGCUUUUGUUGCUGAGUUCUGUAUUUAGGUUUUUUAUAUGGUUACUUGAAGGAAGCAUGCCUCCCUUCUCGAAAACCAUCAUAAUUGUUUCCCCUUGACUGAUUUAAAAUUAAUGUUCUUGAGCUCAUUUUGUUAAUCUGUCAAAACUUUGCUGCAGGUCAUCUAUAUAUCUUGCUGUGAUUGCCAUAUCAUUUCCAUACAUGUAUAGGGAGCUGGACCCUCCAUGAAGCUUUUUGUCCUUUAGUAUGCCAUUAGUCGGGGCCAUAUUGAAGAGAGAAGGGGCCUCAGUUGGUCACCUUAGAGCACCUUAUUGGUCUUUGUAGUGGCUUGUGAUAUGGUGAUUCUGUUGUCUGCCUUGAUGUAGUUUACUGCAAGGAUGUUGGCUGUGGUCUUUAUUGUGUAUAAUGGACUCUUCUCAGGCUACGAGCCAUGUCAAAUGGUUGAAUGGAGAAAACACCAACGUGUGAGGAACCAUCUUUGUCUUUAUCCUCAGGGUAAUGAAGUUCAGUACCAUGAGAUGUUUCUUGAAACAGUGUUUUCCCCAUUAAACCACCUCACAUGGCUGGUAGCCAGAAAAGAAUUCAUUAUACUUAGUUGCCGUUAAAGCUUCAGAUCAUACUUUGUUAUGUAUUUUUCUUCUAUGAUUUUAACUAAUUUCCUCAGGAGUUAUUCUCUGUUCAUCAGAUCAGCUGCUGUAGUAUAUUCUAUGAGAAUUUCAUAUGGUCUUCCCCUUGGUUGAUUUAAGGUGUUGUUGAUAUCUCUCAGCAAAUAUUGUAUUAUGUGAAGAGUGCAUCUUCCUUUCCUGAACUCAGAUUGGUUUUCUGAGAUUUUAUCAUUGCCCAUAUCUGAUGGCCUGUAAGUUAAGAGUUUUGUGAUGAUUUUGAAAAUGUUGCAUUCUAGUGCAGUUCCCUGGAGUUAUCUGCAGAUUUUGUAUCUGCUUUCCGUCUGUAAGAUGCCUUGAUAUUGGAGUGUCUCCAUGGUCUGUAAUAUUUCCCUGCUGGGAUACACUUGUUGAACAGUGCUGCCUAACAGUUAUGUUGGUUUGGCAUGCUUGAAAUAUGUAGUCAGUUCCUGCUGUCAUACAAUUUUCUGCUUCUUCUUUAGUGAAUAGAAUGAAAUAGUUACUUGCUGAAUUUGGGGUCUCCUUUUGUGUAAGCUUUUGGUUUGGAAUUUCUCCGAAUGUUGUUUCUGUGGGAAUAAGGUUUUCUUGUCUUUAAAGCCAUAAAGAUAUGUUUUCUUGCUUCCUUGAUUUGCUUGUUGGCUUUCAUUUCCAUAUGUUGUCCAUUUUUAUUUUAUCAGACCUUAUAUUCCUUGUGUCAGGUUGCAUAGAUUUCCAUUUGCAUGGAGAGCUUUGAGGGUUUACAAGCUUUGUAGCACUCUUUAUUGAACCAUAUCAUUGCCUUUAGUUUGUUUUUGGUGCAUAUCUGGAGUGUUGCUUAUUUAUUCGUGGCUCCUAUAUUGGUGUGGGUGUUUGUUGGAUGACCAUUCUUUAUUUCUUUGGGUAUUGUUUCUGAUGUGUUGAGUAUGAGUUCUGUGCCGAUUUUCCUCAGUGGCUUCGUCUUUACUUCUGGGUUUUGGAGCGUCUAGGCCGUUGCGAAUUUUAAAUUUGCUGUGCGGUAGAUGUUUUCUCAUGAUCAAUAAUACUUUGUCUCACACCUACUACACCAUUCAUUGUGAAAACUAUGUCUGUUGCACGUGACGUUGUGGGAGAUAUACGGUAUUGUCGCGUGUAAAACAUAUUUUUUUGACAAGAAUUCACCGUCCAAAAUUGGGGCGCGACGUAUACAGUAAUAUUGUUUUUUCCUAUAAAAGUUAGAUCGUAGGGAAAAAAGGUCGUGAGUGUAGGCAACUGAGCCCGCGACGUCGGUGUUGUAUGUUGUGAAACCCCCAGUAGAGGUCGUUUGUAGUAUUAGAGGUUUUUACGGCGGUGAGUCUGAAGAUGGCUGUCUUCUGGAUUUCGUUGUGUAGACUGGUAGUUUACCGAUCUUUCAGAUAUCCUUGCUGCCUCCAUCAUCAAGGUGUCGUGACAUCACUGAGAAAUUGCUGAAAAUGCAGCGAAAGACAACGAAAGUGCCGCGAAAGCAAUAGCAAAUACUCUACUUUCGCACAGGUAAAACUAAUGCAGCUUAUAUACUAGGUAUUGUACCAAAUUCUUUAAAAAAAUCUGUUUGACAAAUAUGGCCUUUGUUUUCCAAGAAAUUUAACAUUUUAUAAUUUACAGCUUAAUUUGUCUACUGUACAAUUUAAGUCCCCAGUUAAUAUUAUCUGCCCGUUUGUUGUAGUAGGACUUUGCAGUUAAUCCAUAAUAACUUCUGUGCAGUAAAGUUGGAUGUAUGCACUGAUUAGUGUUAUGCUUUGUUUUUAUGAUUUGUAUUUGUAAAAUUUUGGUGGGGCUUACUGUAAAUAGAGGCAUAAUAAUGUAUUUCAUGUGCAAACUUUAUUGAAGAUUAUGUGGCUUAAAUUAGUAGUAUUCCAAUUACAUCCACUAUUGAAACAGCUAGUUGUGCCAGUCCAGGUCCGUGGUUCAAUUCCCGAACGGACUGAAACUUGAGAUGAGGGGUAAACCAGGCUUUGGCAUAUUAAUCUGGUUUAUAUGAACGAAGGAGGUGUGAUUAGAU